UAUUAAUUGUAUCACAUUUUGUUGCAGAUGAAGAAGACACUUUUGAAACUUUGAAAACAACACAGAUUCCCCGAAAAAAUGGCUUAGGUGCUGACAGCCUUUCUGGAACAACAAAAAUGCAAGCUUCAAAGCCCAAGGAGACUAAACCUACAGCCCAUAAAAGUCCUGCCAAAUUUUCUCCUACUUCAGUACUUGAUUACUUUGGGAACAGUUCUGUGCAACGCUCUGACAAAAAGCUUGUAGCAAGUUCAAAGAGAAAAACGACUGUGGGGAGCACCGAUAACUCCACUCAUGAAGAUGAAGCAAUUGCCCGUCAACUUCAAAUGGAGGAGGAUGAGGAGUUAGAACGACAACUUCAUGAGGAUGAAGAUUUUGCAAGAACACUGGCAAUGCUAGAUGAAUCUCCAAAACAUAAAAAGGUUAAGAGGAACUUAGAUGAUGAAAAGACAUCUGUAUCAUCAUCAUCAACUGGGAAAAGUCCAGAUAAACCAGACAAAAAAAAUGAAAAAUUGUCAGCUCAAAAAUUAAAUUUGGAGCAUAGUGCGAGAGAACAGAAUAAAACAACUACAGACUCACAGUCCACCAUAAAGGAGAAAUCUCCCAAAAAGCCCUCGCCUGUAAAAGCCAGUGCUAAGUUAGCCCAAAUGAAAAGGAAAGAAGAGGCUUCAAUCCAGACAGCAAGUAUGGAUGGAGCUGAAUCUACUUCAUUUAAAUCAAGUUCAGCUUCUCUGAAGGAGGAGAAAAGCAGUUGUAAAACGACUGAGAAAAUUUCUCCAAAGAAAUCACAGUCAAAAAGCCCAGAAGAAUCUGCCAGUAAACGACAAAACUACCAGGCAUAUCGCAACUACCUUAACAGGGAAGGCCCAAGAGCACUAGGAUCUAAAGAAAUCCCCCAGGGUGCAGAUAAUUGUUUAGAGGGUUUGACAUUUGUGAUCACUGGAGUUCUUGAAUCAUUGGAGCGCGAUGAAGCCAAAUCACUGAUAGAGCGCUAUGGUGGCAAAGUGACUGGAAAUAUCAGUAAGAAAACAAACUAUAUGGUGCAGGGCAGAGAUGGUGGAGCCUCCAAAACUGAAAAGGCAGAAAGUUUAGGUACAAGAAUUCUUGAUGAAGAUGGUCUUCUCAAUCUGAUUCGCACAUUACCUGGCAAAAAAUCAAAAUAUGAAAUAGCAGCAGAAUCCGAGAUCAAGAAAUGUAAACAAAAAACACCUGAAAAGCAUGUGAAAACCACACCUGUAAAAUCAUCUGGAAAGAAAAAAAGAACAACCCCUCUGAAAAAUGAGUCAGAAAAAGGAAAGUGUUCCUCUCCUAAAGUAAAGAAAAGCCUGUCAUUCAAGCAGGAAAAAUCUGAUCUACCCUGUGACACCCCGACUGUAAGGGAUGGAGAGAGCCUUCUGUGGGUGGACAAGUACAAACCUACAUCGCUCAAGUCAGUCAUAGGUCAGCAGGGGGAGCAAAGCUGUGCUCAGAAAUUGUUCCGCUGGCUUCGUAGUUGGCAUCAGAAAAACAGUGGUGAGAAAAAGCCGACAGCUAAAUUUGGCAAAUUUGGCGGAAAAGACGAUGGUUCAUCUUUUAAAGCAGCUUUACUCUCAGGACCUCCUGGCAUAGGCAAGACAACUACUGCUGUUCUUGUAUGUGAGGAGCUGGGCUACAGUUAUGUAGAAUUAAAUGCUAGCUGUACUCGAAGUAAGAACAGUCUGAAGGAGGUGAUUGCAGAGUCUCUCAACAACACAAGCAUCAAAUCUUUCUCUACGGGGAAGUCUCAAACAGUUAGCAGUAUGCAUGUACUAAUCAUGGAUGAAGUGGAUGGAAUGGCAGGAAAUGAAGACAGAGGUGGAAUCCAGGAAUUAAUCGGCCUGAUUAAGCAGACAAAAAUUCCUAUCAUCUGUAUGUGUAAUGAUCGAAAUCAUCAAAAGAUGAGAUCCCUGGUAAACUACUGCUUUGAUCUUCGCUUUCAAAGACCACGGGUUGAACAAAUUAAGGGUGCAAUGAUGUCCAUAGCUUUCAAAGAAGGUUUGAAAAUUCCACCACCAGCACUAAAUGAAAUUAUUCUGGCUGCUAAUCAAGACAUUAGACAGGUGCUGCACAAUCUUAGCAUGUGGUCCGCAAGCAACAAAGUAUUCACUUAUGAUCAGGCCAAAGCUGAUGCCAGCAAAGCAAGAAAGGAUAUCAAGAUGGGACCAUUUGAUGUUUGCCGAAAAGUAUUUAUCACUGGGGAAGAAACUGCUCACAUGACACUUAUAGAUAAAUCGGAUCUCUUCUUCCAUGAUUACUCUCUGGUUCCUCUCUUUGUCCAAGAAAAUUAUGUACAUGUGAAGCCAGUUGCAGCAGGUGGAAAUUUGAAAAAACACCUGACACUUUUGAGUAAGGCAGCAGAUAGUAUUUGUGAUGGAGAUCUGGUAGAUAAACAGAUUCGCAGAAAUCAAAUGUGGUCACUGUUACCCACCCAGGCCAUUUAUGCCAGUGUUCUUCCUGGAGAAUUAAUGAGGGGCUACAUGUCUCAGUUUCCUUCUUUUCCAAGUUGGCUGGGUAAAUUUUCUUCAACGGGUAAACAUUCACGUAUUAUUGAGGAGCUGUCGACACACAUGUUUCUCAGAACACAUUCCAGUAAACAAGCAGUGAAUUUGGAGUAUGUAUCCUAUAUCCGGGAUGCCAUUGUUAAGCCCUUGGCUCGCAAAGGUGUGGAUGGGGUUGCUGAGGCAGUGCAGGUCAUGGAUGAGUAUUAUCUCAUUAAGGAAGAUGUGGACAGCAUUAUGGAAAUUAGCAACUGGGGAGCUCAGCCAGACCUUUAUUCCAAGUUAGACUCUAAGGUUAAGGCGGCCUUUACGCGCACCUACAACAAAGAGGUGCAUUUAACACCAUACGCCCUUCAGGCUGUGAGUAAAGGAAAACGGGGUAGAGCAGCUACUGUUGAUUUAGACGAAGAGGAGUUUGGCACCAACAAUACUCAGCCAGAGGAUAACGAAACUGAAGACACAGUUGAAAUGGAUGCAAUGAUAAAGCAGAAGAAAGUGGCAAAGGCUUCAAAAGAGGAAAAAGCAACUGUCUCGAAAGGAAAGGGGAAAGGAAAGAAAGCAAAAUAACUGAAUAGUUUUAAAACUACUUUUACAUUUUGCGCGUGUGUAAAGCAACAUUUAAAGUGACAAAGGAUCAUUUAUGCAACUUAUGAGACUCUUUAAGAAGCUUUGACUUUUUUGAAGGGACAUUUAUCACUGGUAUGACAAAAAUAAGUGCUUAUGUAAAUAAUGAAAAAAAAACUAUGAAAAUGUCCAGAUUUGUGUAUAUUAGUAGGAAUCUAGUAGAGUAUUAUAUAAAUAAAAUAAAAAUAGUUUUCAUACAGUU